CCACCAUCUCCGUCUGUGUGUCUCACUAGCCCCCGUACUGACCUCCUGCUUUCUGCUUCGACAAGCCCAACAAGAAAACCUUCACCGCUCUGCAUACUACGCGCUGCCGGCCUGCUUAGUCAAGCUAUCGAGCAUCCCGCUACCUGGGUUCCUGAUCUGACCCUUCCGUGUUCCUUGCAUCAGUCCUCUCUUCCAGACUUACCCCUCCACAAGCUCCCGUAGCCCGCACAACCCCUCCAUCAUGUCCUGGCAAGCAUACAUCGACACCAGCCUCGUCGGCCCUGGCAACAUCGACAAAGCCGUCAUCUGCGACUCCGCCGGAAGCGCCAUCUGGGCCUCGUCCGCGGGCUUCACCGUCUCCGACGCGGAGCGCAAGGCCAUCGCCGAUUCUUUCAAUGACAAGAGCGACCCCAAGGGCGUCAUCGCAAACGGGAUCAAGAUCGCCGGCGAGAAGUACAUGACCAUCGAGGCAUCGGACGACUCGCUCAAGGCCAAAAAGGGCAAGGAAGGCAUCGUCGCCUACAAGACCACACAGGCGCUCCUCAUCGGCCACCACAACGCCGACAGCCAGACGACCGUCGCCUUCAACGACGUCGCCACGCUCGGCGAGUACCUCAAGAAGAUGGGCUACUAGGUGCCCCGGGGCGACGGAUUAUACUUCUGAAUGGAUAAUUGCAUGCAUGCCUCGCACCGAGGUGACGUGGGCCGGACGUCUUAGGGGG